AUGCGAUUCUUCAAAAUUACCUUGGCUUCUUUGGUCUCUGUCGCAACAGCUCUUUCUUCCUUCGACACGUGGGCUCAUGGACGUGUUGCUCUGAACGACGUCAGCAUUCAUUUCAGAUAUGCUGGCUCAGGUCCCCCGCUACUUCUCGUCCACGGAAACCCCCAACACAGCCUGACAUGGCAGUUCAUCGGUCCCAUACUCGCCCAGAACUACACUGUUAUUGCACCAGAUAACCGUGGCGCUGGUGACUCGAGCAUUCCUCCGGAUGGGGACUAUACUGCAGCUGCUUCAGCUGAAGACCUCAAAGGUGUGCUGGACUUUUUGAACAUCACAUCUGCAUAUGUCUUUGCUCACGACAAGGGAGUCGGCAUGGCAACUGCUCUAGCCAUCAAAUACCCCAAUGUAGUCAAGAGACUUGCACUGGCUGAGUACCCUCUUCCAGGCUUUGGAUAUGAGCAAUCGUCAAACCCAGCUGCCUAUUGGGACCUCUACCAGAACUGGCAACUGGCAUUCUUCCAAGUCACUGACCUCGCCGAGUUUCUCAUGUCGGGUAAAGAGAAACAGUUCCUGCAAUGGUACUUCUACCACGGUAGUUACUCCGGAGUCGAGAGUUUCAGCGAGGAGACUGUCAACAGGUACACAAGCAGUAUCUCGAAACCGGGAUUCCUGAGAGCCAUGCUGGGACCCUUUUCCGCCACGACUGUCUUCAAGGAUGCAGAGUUCUUCAAGACUUCGUUGAAUGAGACUAAGUUGGAUGUUCCACUCCUUGGAAUGGGUGGCGAGGCAAGUCUUGGACUUCAAUCUCUUAUUCAAGACUCAUUUGAACCAAUCUCUACGAAUGUUGAGAUUGAUGUUAUUCCAAAAGCUGGACACUGGAUUGCGGACGAGAACCCGAAAUGGACGGCGAAGCGUGUCGCCAAGUUUUUCCAAGAUGGGGAUGAGAGUCCCAAGGAGGUUGACCUGGCUUAUUUGGAUGACAUGGUAACUUUGGAUGUUGGAUACUUUGGUACAAGGAGGAACUUUAAACUUGGAUCCCAGUGA